GAAAGAGAAAGAACAACAGUAAGAGGAAGUCACUAAGAAGCAAAUAAAGAUAAUGGACACCCAGACAGACUGUAGUUUGAUAAACACUUAAGAGAGCAUUGAGAGAGUCGAGAGAGUUGAGAAGGGACAGCAGAUCAGAAGAGUCAGUCAAACUGGAAAGACUCCACAAAGACUGACCUGGACAAUAACAAUAAGGUAGAAAAGAUUCUACAAAGAGCCAGAAGGCCAAACCCAGAGUCUGAGACGGACGCAGAAAGCCGUCUUAAGUAUCACAGCAUUGACUGAGGAAGUCAAAACGAGACAGUCAGAUUCACUGCAGAGACUGAGGACUACAGUGCUGGAAAUAGUGACUCACCAAACUAGUGGUCGAAGGCCAGGCAUGGCCAAAAUCACGGCUGAAGAGAUGCCCCGCCUUUUCCCCAAACUCUCGCUGUGCGAGGUGGAUGAGAAUGUGCGCCGGAUUGCGGAGAAGGUGUACGCGUCUGCCCUGAAGGAGGAGGACUCCAAGGAUGUCCUCUCCAUGUACACCGUGCCUGAGGACUGUCCCAUCGGCUUUCAGCAGGACCGGGAGAGGGAACUCCUCAAGGAGAUGGCCGAGCAGUCAGAAGAAACCGUCAAAAGGAAGAAGAGUUUCCGGAUGAUGCGAUCGCAGUCGGUGUCUCAGGCGUUCCCUCCCGUCAGUGCAGAGUGGGCCCUCUCUGUGGUGGCUCCUCUGUUGUCUCCCACUUCAACUUGCCCAGCGCUGCCAGACAACCUCAUCGAUUUCCAGAGGGUCACCAUCAGUGGAGAUUAUUGUGCCGGGAUCACAGUGGAGGACUAUGAGCAGGCAGCUAAGAGCCUGUUGAAGGCUCUGUUCAUCAGGGAGAAGUACUCCAGACUGGCCUACCACCGCUUUCCCAGGACCGUAGCCCAGUUCCUUCGCAGCUCAGAGAAUGAGAAGUGGAAGGAGGAGGACGAGAUCAUGCCAGACGUGUGCCCGUGUCCACGUGAGGGCGAGGACCCCUACAGCCUGGAGGGCAUCCCCGACGACCUGAACUACGUGCUGCAGAUGAAGGACGGCAUCGUGAACGUGUACGACGACGAGGAGGCCCUGAGGCAGCAGCGUCCGCGCAGCCUGCCCUACCCCGACAUAGAGACCUUCGCCAUCGACAUGAGCCACGUCCUCGCCAUGAUCGCCGACGGCCCCACGAAGACCUACUGCCACAGACGUCUGAACUUUCUGGACUCGAAGUUCUACCUCCAUGAGAUGAUGAACGAAAUGGCAGAGAUGAAAGAGCUGAAGAGUGUAGCGCAUAGAGACUUCUACAACGUCAGGAAGGUAGACACACACAUCCACGCAGCCGCUUGCAUGAACCAGAAACAUCUGCUCAAGUUCAUCAAGACCACCUACCAGACCGAGGCAGACCGUGUGGUCCUGGAGAAGGGCGGGAAGACGUUCACCCUCAAAGAGGUGUUCGACAACUUGAAAAUGGACCCCUAUGACCUCACUGUGGACUCCCUGGACGUACAUGCAGGAAGACAGACGUUCCAUCGGUUUGACAAGUUCAACUCCAAAUACAACCCCGUAGGGGCCAGUGAACUUCGAGAGAUUUACAUCAAAUCAGACAACUACAUCCAAGGAGAAUAUUUUGCACGUCUCAUCAAGGAAGUGGCACACGAGUUGGAGGAGAGUAAGUACCAGCACGCUGAGCCUCGCUUGUCCAUCUACGGCCGCUCUGCUGACGAAUGGGAGAACCUGGCCUCCUGGUUCAUCCAGCACAAGGUGCACUCCACCAACAUGCAGUGGAUCAUCCAAGUGCCCAGGAUCUAUGAUAUUUUCAGGUCAAAGAAAAUAGUUCCCAACUUUGCCAAGAUUCUGGAGAACAUCUUCCUUCCCCUGUUUGAGGCCACGGUCAAUCCACACAAGCACAAGCAAAUCCACAUCUUUCUAAAAUAUGUGACAGGCUUUGACAGCGUGGACGAUGAGUCCAAGCACAGCGACCACAUGUUCUCCUACAAGAGCCCCAAGCCUGAGGAGUGGACCACCGAUGACAACCCACCCUAUACCUACUAUCUCUUUCACAUGUACGCCAACAUCAUGGUGCUUAACAACCUGCGCAAGGAGAGAGGGCUCAGCACCUUCCAGUUCCGCCCUCACUGCGGCGAGGCUGGUUCCAUCACCCACCUGGUCUCCGCCUUUCUCACGGCUGACAACAUCUCCCAUGGCCUCAACCUGAAGAAGAGUCCCGUGUUGCAGUACCUGUACUACCUGGCCCAGGUGCCCAUCGCCAUGUCUCCCCUCAGCAACAACAGCCUCUUCCUGGAGUACUCCAAGAACCCCCUUAAAGAGUUCCUGCACAAGGGCCUAUGUGUGUCCCUCUCCACUGAUGACCCCAUGCAGUUCCACUACACCAAGGAGGCUCUGAUGGAGGAAUAUGCCAUUGCAGCCCAGCUGUGGAAACUGAGUACCUGUGAUGUGUGUGAGAUUGCCAGGAACAGUGUGCUGCAGAGUGGCCUGUCUCACCAGGAAAAGAAACACUUCCUUGGUCCGAACUACCUGAAGGAUGGACCAGAUGGCAACGAUAUCCGUAGGACAAAUGUGGCGCAAAUACGCUUGGCAUACCGCCACGAGACUCUGUGCAAUGAGCUCAGCUUCCUGGUGGAAGCAGUGAAGACGGAGGCCACCACCGCACUGGCCAUGUCACAGCCUGUGUCACAGAAACAGUAGUCUAAAACAUGUCGAGCUCUGGGAUCCUGUUAUGAUCCUCUCAACAUGUAUCCUUCCUCCCCUCUGUUAGGUCAAUCUGAUCAAACAUGAUUGGAAAGGUGCAAAAAAUGUCUUGCUGAGCUGAGAUGUUGGCAACUACCAUUAGGUCAGCUAUUAUCCCCCAGGAAGUGGGAUUUUGGACAAAUGGAAAGAGCACCAUAUUAAAUAAGGCUGUGUAGACCAAACAUAGAACCAGCAGUGCAAUUUUGAACCAUCAUGGCAAACAAACUGCAUGUACACAAAUUGUCCUGUCUGGGCAUCCAUUUAACUGGUUUUAUCAGGAGCAUGCACUACCAGUUAGCUUCUGUUCACCUGCAAAAUAUUCUUUCAGAAGCUAGUUUUUUGUUAGCAUGUUUACUGGGCUGGUGAAUGGGAACUCAAUAUACUGAAUUGUAAUGAGACACUGCCCCCUUCAGCCUGUCUUCGAAGCACAUGGUGGGUUGUGUCCAUUUCUGUGUGGGAACUUAGAGAUUUUAGCUUGGUCAUUACAUGGGCAUAUAUGGAUCCUUUUUAAGAGAGCAUAUAGGAAAAUAGCUCAACCAGCCUUUAACCGUUGAAAUGAUUCACUGUCCCAAAGUAUGCCAUGUUUAAAUGUUUACAUCUUCACUUUAUUAUAUUUAGGAUGAACAGGGGUGUUACAUUUUUUUACAUACAAUAAAUUGGUAACUAAAGAA